AUGCGCGUUCGCGCCGUCCGCUGGCCGCGGGUCGUACCGGCGACGGCGACGGUGGCCAUGACGCGCGCCUUCUCCGAGGCGCGGUCAAACUACGAUGGCACCGCCGCCCCGCCGUGGGCGGCCCCGGGCGAGGCGCCAAAGUACCCCCCCGCCCUCUCCGAGUUCCCGCUGCCGCGGCCGCGCAUGCGGAAGACGCACACCGAGUGGAUGUUCUUCCACGGCCACGGCGGGCGCCCCGGCAUGUACGGCCCCACGCGCGAGAUCGCCGACUUUGAGUUUGCCGACGGCACACCCGCCAGCGUGAGCGGCCGCCGCUUUGCGUUUAAGCACCACCAGGACCACCUGCUCGUGCAGCUCAUCCGUGCCGGGGCGGUGGUGGAGCGGCACGCGGCGCACGGGCUGCUGCCGCGGGUCCCCGGCACGCCGGAGCAGCGCAACUGGGACCCCGCCAUCCCCCUCUUCCUCGAGGACGUGGACGAGCAGGGGAGGCCGCCGCCGCCGCCCGCCCGCACCGUCUGCGCCCGCGUGGUCGACGAACGGCUGGGGAGCCCCGCGCGGGCGCCGAGUGCGACGGCAAACCGCCACGAGGGAGAGGCGCUGGAGGCGAACACGAUGUUUGAGUCCUACGACCCGCGGGCGUUUGUCGCGGACGACGUGAAGAUGCGGGAUGCGGCGCGGCCGUACUGGUCCCGGCGUCGCUGGGCGCUGACCGACAACUUUUUGGUGCCCAAAAGCCCCAAGCCAAAGAACACCAUCAAGGACGAGUGA